AUGUUGUUCACAAAGCCAUGGGCGAGCCUGUGCUUGCUGGCGGGGAGCUUGACGGGCGUGCUUAGUCUGGGGCUGAGCGAGGACCCGGACAUCAAGGCCAUCUCGCUCCGCACACACAGCCUCGAGCCUCCAUACCUCGACUCGGACAUGCACAGCCGCUGGUGGGAGUAUGGCGGCGACACCAUCAUCCGCACCGACCAGUACAUCCGCCUGGCCUCGGACAAGCCCUCGCGCGACGGCUGGCUGUUCUCGCGCGUCCCGCUGACGGCGACAAACUGGGAGAUUGUCGUUGAAUUCAAGGUCCAUGGCCAGGGCAACCUGUACGGCGACGGCUUCGCCAUGUGGCUCACCAAGCAGCGCGCGCAGCCUGGGCCCGUCUUCGGCCACGCCGACAAGUUCGAGGGCCUGGGCAUCUUCUUCGACACGUACAAGAACAACCGUCCAGGCACCGUGUUCCCCUACAUCGCUGCCAUGAACGGCGACGGCCAGACCGCCUACGACAAGGACAACGACGGCAAGGCGAACGAGGUCGCCGGCUGCUCGGCCCGCGGAAUCCGCAACUCCCAGGUCCCCACCAAGGCGCGCCUGACGUACUUCCAGGACUCGUUCCUGAAGCUCGAGCUGCAGUACAAGGCCGAAGACGAGUACACCCUCUGCUUCGACAUCCCCAACUUCAAGGUCCCGCCCGUCGCCUACCUGGGCUUCAGCGCCGAGACGGGCGAGCUGAGCGACAACUUCGACAUCAUCUCGGUCAAGUCCCACAACCUGUACAAGCGCAACCCCGGCCAGAACGCCGCCUCGGGCGCCACCAAGCCCGGCAAGACGGCCAGCAGCAUGUCGCGCGACACGGAAGGCGGCAGCUGGACCUGGUUCCUGGUCAAGUUUGUCCUCUUUGGUCUGUCCAUCACCGGCGCCUACGUCGGCUACACCAUCUACCGCACAAAGCAGCGCGACAGGUUCUAG